AUGUUUUACAGAUGGCCCCGUCCACAAUGGAACCAAUGUAUGUCUGUUGAGAUGAACAAACGUAGGACACAUGCAUCACUGAUUAAUAGGCGAAAGAAGAACAAGGAAAAUGGCCGACACCAAGACAUUACCAGAACCGGUUCUUCGCAUUCAUUCAUUCAUUUGAAUUCUUUGUCUAAUCUUUCGCGUUCUUCAUUUUAUAACCCUUAUUUCAUGGAUUCUUUUUUUACCUUUUCUUUCUUUUUUUCUUUCUUUAAUCUUACUACUUUCACUUUCAAUGUCUUCUCAUUCGUUUAUUUACAUGCAUUCCUUUCAUUCGUUCUUUCUUGUAUUUCUGUGCCACUCCUUUCACUUUCGUUUUACCCUUUUUGCUUUUCAUUCUCAUUUUUAUUUUGUUUUCUUUCUUUAACAUUAAUUUUAUCGAAUGUCUUUUCGUCCCCUUAUUUACACGCAUUUCUUCUUUUCUUUCUUUCAUUCAGUUUUAUGUCAUUAACUUUCUUUUUGCCUUUCUUGCAUUGUACGUCAUGUUGCUUUCAUUUUUACAUGAUUACUUUCAGUUUCAGUUUCACUUUCACUUUGCUUUCUUCCCAUUUUAUCUUUUAUGUCUUCUUCCCUUUUUCAUUUUUCUUUCAGUUAUUUAAACAUUUCUUUUUUUCUUGCCUGCUUGCUUGUUUUCUUUCUUUGUAUAGCUUCACCUAUUCAUGCAUUUUUCAUUCAUUAUUUAUUUGUACUUCAAGUUGUCUUCUUUCAGUUAUUUCUUCAUGGUUUUAUUUCUUACUUCUUUACUCCCUUCUUUGGAUGGUUAGAUGUUUCUUUCAUUAUUCAAUCACUUUCAUUCUUUUUCUUUCUUUCUACUUUCUACUUUCUCGUCGCCCUUCUUUCUUUUUUCGAUAUUAUUUCUUUUUGAAUUUCUACUUCCCUUUUCUCUCUUUUCUUCUUUUCUCUUCCCCUUUCUUUAUAUCUUAA